CAAUAAGAUCGAAGAAGAAGAAGCAGUAGCUUAGCUCGCUUGAGUGUGAUUACGAGCCGUGCUCGUGCACUGUAUUUUUCGGGUUGUUGCCUGUCGAGGUGUCUGGACAUGGAGCGCAAAGCGAAAGACUACAUAAUGCAUAUGAGGCUUAACAAAUUCAGAGAGACACCAAUCAAGGAAAUGUUAGAGCAUAUCACUGUUACACACCCACCAAGACUGGAGACCGCUUUGACAGGGCGGCGAGGGACAGAGCUGACCGUGGAGUUUGCCAUCAUGACAGAGGGACACAGUAAUAUAUCUCCGGGAUUGAGUCAGCUGGUGGCUGACUGCUGUGGUUCUGUAGCUUACAAUCCACUUAAUGAGAUUUGCUGUGAUAGCAAGGUUCUGACUCAAAGCAGCACUCAUGUGAAAUGCUGUGGCAAAGACAUGUACCUGACAACGACUCAUAUGUGUUGCGGUGGUAACAGAAUAUUUAAUCGGAAGGAAAAUCUUUCUUGUUGUGGCAAUACAACAUUUGACAAGACAACCCACUGCUGCUGUGCUAACCCUGAACUAGUAGCAAUGCCUAAACAUGAAACUUGCUGUCCGAAAGCAACAGAUGAAAUGAAAGAAUCCCAGCAAGGCUCUCCUCCCACUCUCACACUCCCCAAAAACUCAGAACCGAAGUGUCGAACAAUACCCUUCAAUCCUCAGGAAAAAAUGUGUUGCUCAGGGAAACUUUAUAAGGCAUCAGCGCUUACUAAGUGCUGUGGUGAACAUGCUUACACUCUGUCAGAUGACAGUGUGCUGUGCUGUAAUGGAGUCCUUCAUCGCAAUGUGCCUGAGCAGUCAGAGUGUGUUGGAGGUGUAAUAUAUACUCCAGCAAACACUACUUGCCAAAUGUCGACCCGUCCACGUCUUGGCGAGCACUGCUGUGGAGGACAAACCUUCAAUCCUCGUACACACAUUUGCUGUAACGGCCACAGCCACAACAAGAUGAAUGGCAAUUUCUGUUGUGGUUCAGAAGUCUAUGACCACCACAACCAGUUCCUGAGAUGCUGCUCAGGUCACCUCUACAACCUAACCCAGUCACGUGGAAAAGCAGAGUGCUGUGGAAACCUAUUGCUGCAAUAUAAUAACAAUCAAACUUGCUGUUCCUCCUCAACCAAUUCCAUAAUUUAUCAGACCAAACCAAAGCACCGUUGCUGUGGGCUUUACUACUACAACACGUCUCUGUGGAGCUGCUGUGCUGAACAUCUCAAACCAACACCAAAGCCUAACAGCUCUCCAGCAGAAUACAGAAUUAAACCACUAAUGGACCUGAUCCCUGAAAUGUGCAAUAAGACAGUGUUCUUUGGCAAAGUGGAGAGUGUGGCACUUGCAAAUUAUCAGCGUCACGUUGUGUUGAAAGUUGUUGGGCAGGUCAAUGUAAAAUCAGAAAAGGUCAUCAAAGACCCUUGGCUUCAUGUGUCCUUGGAUCACUGCAACUCUCCUGCCACAGACAACGGCAUGACCUACCUUUGGGAGGAAAACCACAAUGGGAAGUACAAGCUUCUCUCUCACCCUGUUGACCUAACAUCUGACAUUUACAUGUUCUAUUCUGUAUGUUACCAAAAGAAGGGAUAGACUGAUGGAUUGAGGUCUGUUUCCCAUCGUUUCCAAAGCAUGCUGUUUUUCAUUAGAUUUCUGUACUGAAGAUAAUAUUUUUAUCCAAAUACUAUUUUAUCAUUAAUGCUAAAUUACUCUGGUAUGUGAAAGGCCGCUAUAUAUGAAAGCUAAGAACUUUUGUCCCCUUAAGUUUUUGAAUUCUCUACUGUGAGCAGCAUUAUGGCAGAGGCAUCACAUAUUGUGAACCCGUGAAUUUUGCCUCAUUGGUUAGUUUUAUUUCAACUUAAUAAUGGAUUAACCCUGUAUGGUGUGUGCAAAAGGGAUAGUUCUCCCAAUAAUGAAAAUUUGCUCCUAAUUUACUCACAUUUAGUCUAUAUAAGCUGCAGGUGACUUUUUGCUGAGUAGAAGAUUUUUAGCUGAUAACAUGGUUUUUGGUCAUUCAUCAAAUGCAAGUCACCGGCUGCCCGUUUUAGAAAGAAAAAUAAAUUAAUAUCAAGGAAGAAAAUAUAAAUACCCAUUGCUCCUAACAGUAUAUUGAGAAUUGAUUAGUCUGUGCAAUAAACAUGGUUUUACAUGUCUAAAGCAUGUAAAGUAAAUAAACUGUUUAGCAUCAACCCACCUUUUUACAUGAAGAGAAAUCAUACUUUAACCAUAAAAAUUUUACAGAAUUGAUUUUUGAUUGAUGAACAAUCAACUGUUUCAAAUGAUUCGGUCCAAUUUGUUGAACUGAUUCAACUACCAAAAGAAUUAGUAAAAAAAAAAGAAAUCAUAAUAAAUCCUCUUUACCAAUUUACUGAAGAGUAAAAGUCACCUACAUCUCGGAUGAUCUGAGGGUGGGUAAAUUAACAGCAAAUUUUCAUUUCUGGGUAAACAAGUCCAUUAAGCUAUUUCGUUAAAAGCAUCUGCCUAAUGAAUAAAUGUAAUCAGUUUUUAGGUUUGUAUAGUUAAUAUAAAAAUUGUAAAAAAAAUUACAAUCAAAUAGAAAAGUUUUUUUUAUUAUUAUUAUUCAUAUUGAGUUCUCAUUUAAGCUUUAAAACUUUUAAAAUCUAAAUAGCUAUGCAGUCUUAAGGCCAGUUUUACUAAACAGGGUAAAUUGGCACGAGAGCUCAAUUCCUAAACAGCGCCCGUGGGCGUGGAAAUUUCUACAGGUGAUUUAAUAACAGUGCACAAAUUAAAGAACACAGAAGCAACAUCUCAUUUACGUAUCAACCAACAAAAUAUUCCAAGACCAGCGCAAAUUAGCGUAGUCACAAAUAAUGAAUAAAGAAAUGAAGAUGCCACAGUAUGUUAAAAAUAACCAAAAAGUGAAGGGUUGCUAGAAGAUUUGGUAGGCCUGGAAUUGUGUGAAACUCGUAGUUAAGGGAUCCAAGUAAUUAUGUUAAUGUGUUCUUCUGGCAUUCCAAAUAAAUUAAAACGGGUGGAAAAAGUCCUCUCCCUUCUACUGUGCGCGCUCUAUUCUCUGCGAUGCCUUCUCGUAGCAACAACACUUGCAGCCAUUUCAAGCAAAAAAUUAAGACAUGCUUUUUAAGGUAAAUUAAAUAAUGAAACAAAUUCCAGUAAUUUGACAAGUGCAAACAUUUGUAAAUCAUGUUGCAUGAUUCAGUUUAAUACACUCCUCCCAUAAAUUUUGCAUCUGAUAGGGAAAAUCCUACAAAUUCAUAUUCAGUAAGGUCAGGCAUAAAUAUAAUGGUCCAUACUUUUUCAGUGUUAAUUCUUCACUGUGAGUCUUUGGUAAAUCCUGACAGUACUAUUUUAACGCCAAAAAAAAAAAAAAACAGUUUGAGCUGGCGCAAACUGUUAGUAAAACUGGCCCAUAAUUUAAGGUAUUUUAAAUUGCACUGCAUGACCUAAUAAGCAUUUUUUCAUCGUACUGUAUUUUGAUAUUUUCUCAAUCUCAGGUCUAUUUUAAUUUGUGUUCCAUGUUUUAAUAAUUUGACCGAAAUCAGGGGCCUUCAUAUACUAUAGCUCAAAGGUGCUUUUAACAAUAAAUAGUACUUGUUCUUUCAAAAGCAAUUAAUGACUUUUAUCCUAAUUCUUGAGAAGACAAUGUUAAUUUAUAUAUAUAUAUAUAUAUAUAUAUAAUUUUAACUAACAACAGCAGCUCAAUUAUAAGCUUGAAGUCGGUAUGCAUUUUUAUUAGUAUUAUUUUUAGUUCUUUACAUGAAUUACACAUUUAUAGGUUUGUUACUACUCGCCAAACAGUGAUUGCCAUUCAUUAACCAUGCUUAUGCCCAGUCUGUGUGUAAACUAUCCAUAUAAACAUUUUAUACAUUUGAGCAUUUUAAGCAUUAUGUUAUGCAUUUGCACUAAGAUUUGUUCUAAAUUUAUGAUUGAAUUUAGAAACAAAUACAUAUUACUGUGUAAAACUGAAAUUUGAUCUCUCUGUCUAUCUAAUACAUGUAUUGACUUCAGAGCUACUCCAAAUUGUUCUGUACUGAUUUCCAUGUCUUAACUAUAUACAACUAUGAACACUUCAACCUUUCAUAUGAACUGUUGUAUGAAGAAAGUGUACUCACUCAAGUGGUAUCAUGGUAUUACAGAUAUGGAACUUAAUAUAUAUAUUACCAUUUGUGAUUGUAUAUGAAAUAUAUUGUUUCUAAAUAAAAUGCUCACUAACAAAAUGA